AUGUCACCUCCGCAUGGCGCAACUUCGAAUGGCUCUGUCGCAGCUACAGAACGCAGCCCGUUGCUCGACAAUGGCGCCAAUGGCAACGCGGAGCAGCGCGGCAGCGACAUCCCGCUAGCGGAUGAGCCCAGCACAGCGAAGUUGGUACUCACGCUGGGUAGCUGUUGGGUUGGCGUCUUUCUUGCAGCUCUAGACUCCACGAUUAUCGCCAACCUUAGCGCACCAAUAUCCGACUCUUUCCACUCUUUUACUCUGUUUUCCUGGCUUGCUACCGCUUAUCUUAUUGCCAACGCUGCUAUCCAGCCGCUGAGCGGACGACUGACAGACAUAUUUUCGCGUCGGACUGGCCUCGUCAUCUCCAAUAUCUUUUUUGGUGCCGGUACUCUGAUAUGCGGACUUGCAAAGAGCCAGAAUGUCAUGAUUCUAGGAAGAGUUGUUGCCGGAAUGGGCGGUGGCGGACUUCUCACUAUCUCGACGUUUGUGACCACAGACCUGGUUCCGCUGCGCAGGAGAGGGCUGUGGCAGGGCUUCGGAAAUCUUUCAUUCGGACUGGGCAGUGGACUUGGAGGACUGUUCGGAGGCUGGAUCAAUGACACGCUCUCCUGGCGAUGGGCUUUCCUGAUUCAGGUGCCUUUCAUUGUGGCAUCCGGUCUGCUUGUCUACCUCACCAUUAAGAUCCCCGUCAAGGAGGAGAACAUGUCACGUAUCAAGCGUAUCGACUUCCUGGGCAGCAUCACGCUGGUGACCAGUCUGGUCCUCUUGCUUCUCGCCCUCAACUCAGGAGGCAACAUUGUGCCAUGGACUCAUCCGCUCGUUCUGGUCAGCCUUCCUCUCUUUGCAGCCUUCCUUUUAGCCUUCAUUUUCGUCGAGGACCGCGUGGCCAGCGAGCCCAUCAUCCCAGUCCGCCUGCUCCUCCACCGCACCGUUUGGACGGCCUGCGUGACAAACUGGCUCACAACCAUGGCCGUCUUCGCCAUCCUCUACUACGGCCCCAUCUACUUCCAGGUCCUCGGCCUCAGCGCCACACGCGCCGGCGUCCGCCUGAUCCCGCAGUCAAUCGGCACCGCCACCGGCUCCCUCGGCGUCGGGCUCAUCACGCGCAAAACGGGGCGCUACUGGACGCUGAACGCGGGCAUCGAAGCGACACUGGUGCUGGCAGUCGGGCUAGUGGCGGGCACGUUCGACGCCUCGACACCGGCAUGGCCACCCUUCGUCUACUUCUUCCUCAUCGGUGUCGGCUACGGCGGCAUGCUGACGACGACGCUGCUCGCCCUCAUCUCGGCCGUCGACCACGAGCACCAGGCCGUCGUCACGUCGGCCUCGUACGCCUUCCGCAGCACCGGCAGCACCAUCGGCAUCUCCGUCGCCGGCGCCGUCUUCCAGAACGUGCUCAAGCGCGAGCUGUGGGCCCGCUUCGCCGGCCGUGACGGCGCGGCUGAGGUCAUCAAGCGCAUCCGUGAUAGCGUGGGCGCGGUGCAGGACUUGCCGCCCGAGUGGAAGGACGGCGUGUUGGCGGCGUAUAUGCAGGCGCUGACGGCUGUGUGGUGGACGACGUUUGGCAUCACGGCGCUGGGCGCGCUGUGCAGUUUGGCGAUGGGGGAGCAUCGGUUGCAUAAGAAUUUGGCGCGGACGGAAGAGGACGAAGACGAAGACUGA